GCCUAGAUAUGGAAGUCAGCCGAGAAGCCAAAAAUCAAAUAGCUAUAAACCACGAGCGUCAAACUCUUACAGCAUGAAGUACAACAAGAGCUCUGGGCAAGCCGUAACUGUAACCGUGUAGGAAAAGGAAGGGUAAUAGAAAGCUAAACCCUGAGGAGAAGCUUGCCUUAAAGAUGGGCCCUGAAUACAUCCCGGAUUACUACCAUGACCAAGGAGAUUUUAAAGGAGAAUGGUAUGACAGAGAAAGCCUCGGAUUUUACAGGUCUAUUAAAGCAGGUCUUGACAUGGGGAUUGUAAACCAAAUCCCUGUUCGAGAAGGCCUCUCGUCGACCCUUAAGCCUAACCACUUGAGAAAUCCUCAUGAUUUACUCCAGAAAGCAAUUGAGGAUAAUAAUGAACAGAGACAUUAUCAGCUAAAUGGGCAUAAUAAGCAACAUCUUUUUGGUAAAGGAAACCAGUCAAUGAUUUCUCCCCGCAAACAGGAGUUUUACAAGGACACAAACUUUGAGAUGGAAAAUGAGGUGUACCCUACAGAGUUUAUUAAAAAGAAAAAUGCACAACUAGGAAAUAACUGAGAAACUGAGCGAAUCUUCAAAGGCAUUAAGCAUUACAAAGAUAAUGAGAUUCAACCUUAUAUGAAAGAGAAGGUUGGGGAGACUAUUCAAGCUGAGAAUGUUGCUAAAUAUCACUUCCCAAACACGAAUCAUAGACAACAGUACAAUCAAAGCUUACUAUCAAGCCACAGAAGUUUGCAGAAAGAAGAAAUAAACCAAACUCAAUUUUCUCAGUGAGACUUGAGAAGUAAAGCUGGUGAUGCUGUGAAAGGAGUUCACUAUCGACCGUAUGAGUGGAAAUACGCCCAUGACAAGGUUGAUGAUGAGGAUGACACUGAUAUUACAAAACCUCAUAAAAAAAAUAGUCCUUUCUCGGAUAAGCAUUAUAUGCCAGGAACUACUAUGAGGAGAAGAACCGAUAAUAUUUCCCUACCGACUUUGAAAAUUAAUCAAGUCUCUUAUGAAAACUCUCAUUAUGAGAAGCCUGAGCAUAGUGAGAGAGCCCAGAAGGCUGUAAUGGAGCUCAGGUCUCAGAGAGCAUUGCAGAAGAGUGGAAGUGAUAUUGCACUUAGCACAAUGUCCAAUGACCUAACAUCAAGAGGAGGCUAUGAUCAAAUUCCUUCUAGUGUUCCUUCUAUAGCAAAAACACUGAGAAGCAAUAGCUACAAGCUAUUGCCUCCUCAAACAGAAUAUUAUUACCAGAGUAAAUUUAAAAAUGUUGGCAGAUUUAAGGCCUUUGAUAAAGAACAUGAAAGUGAGUCUAGUGAUGAAGAUCACCAGCCGACUGUAAUCCCAAAUGACAAGUACCUUGGCCACACUAUGAAAAUUUAGAAGUUUCUUAAUAUUAUUAUUUCAAUA